CUACCAUCUGCUCAGCUCUGAAGGUCCCAGGCUAAGGCAAGCUAAUGAACUAACAUCCAUCUCUACGGUAGGAGUUGCUUUCGCCCCCCACUCAACACGGGUUACCGCCACAUUGCCACUUUUUGUGGACGCACACGCCUUCUGACGCAUCAUCGCUGGUCAUUCUCACCAUCCGAACGCUGUUUAAGGACCUCUUCUUCUCGAUUCACAGCCGAAUCCAACAGAGUCAUCAUGGACCCACUGUCGCCCAAUAGGGUACCUGCCAUGCCGACAUGGCCAGAUUCGCCAGAUACACCUAUCCGUUCUUCGUCCUCUAACCACAUCACAUCCCCACUUCCAACCUCUUCCUCCAUCUCAUCCUUCAGAGAACCAAAGGUGUUUGGGGCACCACCUCCUUCUCUAGUCAGUCCACCUAUCGGUCAGCCUGAGAGUGGUGGAUCAUCCACGUCGCAGGAUGGGACAUCGAGCCGUGCUCAGCAAGGACCUUUUCUACGCGUUAGAAUCGGUGGAUUGGAGAGAAAUAGAAAGGACAUGUUGGUCCGGUUCGAUGCGAGUACCAACUUGCCAAAUUUUCGGACUGGUCUGUAUCGGAAUAUGCAGCGGACCUACGCCGAUUUCCAACGAUUCGUCGAGCAGACCUCACAUACCUCUCCGCAUACCAUCAUCCCUGCUUUACCACUUCCUACCACGUCCGCAAUGACAGAUGCAGAAGACGAUCGGCUGGUCCGCAUCGCUCUUCAGCGUUGGUUCACCCGAGUGUGCGACGAUCCAGUAUUGAUGAGAGAUGACGAGUUGAGAUCGUUCAUCGAGUCGGAAUUCAGUUACAAUCCUGUUCUGCCUGCUUCAGCCAGGAGACAGACAUCUUCCUCUUCAGCCGCUACAAACGUCCUCACCGCUGCUCUGUCCAAAGUUGUAAGAAGAGGACCAGCGGACGAAGAUGAAGAGCUCGCUUCGGCCAAAGGAGCAUUGGAAAAACUCGAAGGGACAUGGGGUGGUGCAGCGACAAACGUCAAUUCGCUCGGCAAAGCCAGACGAGCACAUGCCAUGGCGUUCACAGACGUCGGUGCAAAGAUGGUCAGUCUAUCGACGGUGGAAUCGGAUAUGCAGCUCGCCGCGGCGGUCAGAAAGGUUGGAAGAGCGUACGAGCAAUUGGCGAACCUCGCUGGAUCACAGGCCGUCAGCGAGAAUGUGGUCCUGAGCGAUUCCCUAGGGUAUCAAGCACUUAAUGCCCGAGCCGCCAAAGAUGCACUCCUUCACCGAACCCAGAUUCUCGAAGACUCUCAAAACGCAGCUAAAGCCGCGAUCAACAAACGCCGGAACGUGGAGAGACUUCGAGGAGCUUCCAAUAUCAACCCAAUGAAAGUCGAUGAUGCGAUCAGUGAGAUGGAAGAGGCAAACACGCUCGAAGGUGAAUACCAAGGACGACUUAAUGCGAUCUCUCGACAUCUCCACGUCGCUCUACGUGCCCACUCUCGACAAACUCACGAGGAUGUUGCCCUUGCACUACUGGAGAACGCUCGAUUGACCGUCGGCUUCCACAAACACGCUCUCAGGGAAUUGGAAGCUUUGCAACCUGAUUUCACACGAAUCGGUACCAACAACGCGCCGCCCAUCUCAAACACUGCAUCGAGUAUACAUCAGCGACCUCAGCUUCCCACCGCCCCCACCGUUCCGUCCACCAUGGGUCGAGCGGGCGAUCCCCGUCUAUCCGUCGAGAGUGAUCGCAUGUCCGCCAGACAAGGCUCCAGUCCGGGACUACUCGGACACGUUCAGGCCCCUGCGAUGGACGGCAGUAAAUCCAUGUUCCUUCCCUCUCAACCUCCUCCACCGAUAUCUUCCUCCGGUCUGCCGGCCAGACCUGGAUCCACCGGUCCGUCCAUGUCGACUCACACUGAUCCGCUUGCUGGGAUGCCACCUGGCGCUCACAUGGCUCAGAGCAUGAUGCUUCCAGGGCAGUCGGCACAGAGGUCACAGACGUUGGGUCGGGCACAGGGUAGACGGCUGGACGAAAGACAAGCCGCAAAGAUGCUCGCCGGUGGGUUCUGAGUUGGCUACCUGGUGUAUCUUGUCAUGCAGCUGUAAACUUUCCCGUGGGCGUCUGAUAGCAAUUUU